ACUCCCAUUGGAUAAGCUAAUAACCUUUAGGCGUCCUCGGGACGCGCCGCUCCCCGGCUAUUCAAAUGCAAACGAGCGGGUAUAAAUACAGAGAUUGCCAACGGCAGGGUACAGUGAAUAAAAAGGAGAUUGUACGCGUACCAGCUGCUGGCGAAACGUGCUUUGGUGGGAGGAUUUUUUUUUGAUUUUUAAAAGAAAUAUUUGGGAAGGCUGUUGGAAUCCUAAACAAUAUGGCUCCAGCCUGCAAACCGGGAUCUGGCAGGGAUGAAGGAGACUUUUAUGCAAUCAAAGAAGAUCGGAAGACUCGCAAGCCAUUGAUCGAGAAGAAGAGGCGAGCCCGCAUUAACGAGAGCUUGCAAGAAUUAAGACUGAUAUUGGCGGAUACGGAACUGCAGUCGAAAAUGGAGAAUGCGGAGGUGCUGGAGAUGACGGUGAAACGAGUCCAAAACAUACUUUGCAACAGGAAUAUUGAAAAGGACAGGUUUAACGAGGAAGCGAAUGAGAGGUUUGCCGCUGGCUACAUUCAGUGCAUGCACGAGGUCCACACUUUCGUUUCAAACUGUCCGGGGAUUGACUCUGCAGUCGCUGCCGAUUUACUGAAUCACCUACUGGAGUCUAUGCCGUUGAGCGAAGAUCACUUUCAGGAUUUACUGGGUGAAUUAAUGGCUGAAACCAGCUCCAGUAUGUGGCCUGGGCCUGACGACGUAUGCCUCGUAUUGGCGUCCCCCACAGGUAGAGACCAGCUCAGCUCCUCUGCACCGUCUCCUGUAUCCACUGCCUCCAACGACGAUGUGUACUCCGACGUCGACGACGCCGAUUCGACUCCUGCGGGGCAGAACCCCUUGUUGCCAGAGAAAGUAGAUAACUGUAGAACAGAAAACGCCUCCCCUGCAAUGUACUCAAAGUCUGUUUGGAGGCCGUGGUAACUGAACGGACCGGGACCGAGCAGAAUUAACAAAGCUGCCUUGUUUGGGGAUGGACAUUGGUUUUCCGUUUUGGAGCCAGUAGCUUGUCAUCACUGCCUUUAAUGAACAAUACUGACCCGAUAGCAAAUGCAGUAAUAUGAUAUGAACGAGGAGAUAAGCUUAAAGAAACUGAACAAAAAUAGCAUUGGGAGUAAUACAAUUGGCCAAUACCCUAUGUUAAGCUUAGCUGUGUUAGAUAUUAUCUUGAAUUUCUAAUUGCGUCCCUGGGUAAAGAGGUAUUCGGGUUUCUUAGUAACAGAGAAGUGAAACAAAGCGCUUCUACAAAGCACAACAUUUAACUUUUUUUACGUGGUUGAGGGGAAAUAAAAUCGUGCACACAUGAUUAAACAUGUAAACAUUCUAAUUCUAGUGGUUUACAAAGGUUAUAAUCCCUUAAAGGGAUUGUUUUGGAGUUAGUUUUUACUGGUAACAGGGUCCACAGUAUCUACCUUCAGUGAAGGAAGACUGAAUUAGAAUUGUGCAGAAAAACAAGGUUAGAUGUAUAUGUACUUAUUGAUACUAGGAAUCUGUCUUUUGGAAACUUGUGUACUGGUUCCCCGAUGCUUCUGUCCACAGUUACAUUUGAAAUGUUCUGCUAGCACAUUAAUGUAUUUUUUAAUUGUGUGUGUGUGUGUAUUUGUCAGUAAUGCAAGUUUGACUAUUCUUGUUUUGUCUUUUUUUUAAAUAAACUUUUACCACUUUUAA